GUGAUUGGCUACUAGCCUAUAUGAACUGCUUCCUCAACGCCUUUGUGCUAUUUAGUUUAACCGACUCUAUGAAUAGACCAUCUAGGUGACUCAUUUUAUGGUAAAUUGAUAACGUCUCAGUUAUGAAUUACAUUCUUCUAAGCUACUGAGGGAUAGAGAUAAUUUUGCAGACAAAAGUAGUGAACGGUUCAAAGCUGACCUACGUGAUUUAUUCUGUUGUGCAAACCUUACAAGCUGGACCGCGGUCAAACAGACUUUGACACGCAAUUCUUUGUUAUUGCUGAACGCGAGCAGCGCUGAAUACACCGACACAUAUUCCCAGGCCACCCUUAAGGAAUUAGAUCACGUGGUGCACGGGGCGGUCGAACUACAAGCCAUUUUGGGGACGGUGUCAGUUUCCACUGAACCAUCAGCGCAGCAUUUUUUCGAGCGAAAGACUGAAGGCGCUAGCCUAGAGAAAACGCACAUCAGCCUGGCCGUUUUACUGGCGGGAGGUCUACAAUCAAGAGCGCUUACAAAUCUGCAACCUAGCACAGCACACACAUCGAUAACCGGACCUUUUUUAUUUUUUAUUAUUAUUGAAAUGCGCCCUGCUCCGCCGUUCUCUUAUUGCAAUUGACAGCGUCUGCAGCCCAUUUCAAGAUGGCCGCUUGGCUCGUAUUCAUUUUCUACUGAUCGCCUCCUAACUUUCAUUGUCUAACCUCCUCCUGGCUCGACUAUUCGCUCCAGCUCAGUAAGGGUCAUCUCCAUCCCAUGACGAUGCAUCGUACAACAAGGAUCAAGAUCACGGAGCUCAAUCCCCAUUUGAUGUGUGUCUUGUGUGGUGGAUAUUUCAUAGAUGCAACAACAAUCAUAGAAUGCUUGCACUCAUUUUGUAAAAUGUGCAUUGUCCGGUACCUGGAAACCAGUAAAUACUGUCCCAUAUGUGAUGUACAGGUCCACAAAACGAAGCCGCUUCUCAAUAUUCGGUCUGACAAAACUCUACAGGACAUUGUAUACAAGUUGGUUCCUGGUCUUUUCAAAAAUGAAAUGAAGCGUAGGAGAGAUUUUUACGCUGAACACCCAUCUGUUGAUGCUGCAAAUGGAUCAAAUGAGGAUCGAGGAGAAGUUGCUGAUGAAGACAAGCGAAUCAUCACAGAUGAUGAAAUUAUCAGUCUGUCAAUUGAGUUUUUUGAUCAAAGGGCCCAACAUCAAGCCAGCACAGAUGAGAAGCAAAAAGAAGAGGUUAAUAAUAAAAGAUACUUACAGUGCCCUGCUGCAAUGACUGUGAUGCAUUUGAGGAAAUUUCUGAGAAGCAAAAUGGAUAUACCUCCUACUUUUCAGAUUGAAGUUAUGUAUGAGGAUGAGCCUUUGAAGGAUUACUACACAUUGAUGGACAUUGCCUACAUCUACACUUGGAGAAGAAAUGGACCACUGCCUCUGAAAUACCGCGUGCGGCCCAGCUGUAAAAAAAUGAAGAUGGCACAUCCACAAGAUGGCGUGAACAAUACAAACCGCUCUGAAAGCGACUCGGCCAGCGACAAGGCCAGCAGUCCCGCUGGAGUACCAUCCACCUCCUCACCACUACCGAGUCCAAGCACACUGGUUCAGCCUUCACAACCUCAUUUCACCCAUAUCUCCAACCCUAUUAACGGCACGACGAUGACAAGCCCAAAUCGACAGUUCACCUUAGGCAACAAAGUGCGAAAGACGGCGCUGAACGGAUCUUCCACGUCAUCGGGAUGAUGAGGGACUACACGACGAAGCCAACGCCAGAUAUAAUCCAGCUAUUUCCAUGCCAACGUAGUGUCAUGUAGAUCCAUUUCUUUUUGUCAUUAUCAUCAAUAUAUUAUACAUGUAACUUUAACGUUGUGGAAAUGACGCACUUCAUUGACAUUGCGGGAAUUUCUAAGUUUGCGUGAGAACGUUAGAGGCCCAUUUAUUUACAAAGUGGAGCGCAGAGCGACGGUUGAGGCAUUGUCAAAAUGCAGAAAUGACUGAAUUAUACCUGUCUUUUUAUAUAUUUUUACUUUCGUCUACAGUUUCCCUAAACAAACUGCGUUAUCUGUUGCUUGUAUUUUACAUGUGUAUUAAUGUUCUUUAAAAGCAUGAUAAUAAGCAUUUACUUUUGAUUUUAGUUUGCCUUUUCUGGGGUAGUUACUAAACAUUCCUGGUAUAUUCUGGCCUUUAAUAAUGUAUCAACGAAAGGCAUAUAUAUAGUUCAGAAUUAAAGGACAAAAUACUAUAUAGGACUGCGUUAAAAGGGAUGAAGAAAUCCAAAGUUAAGUUGUAGUCGGCGUAAUGAUUUUUAUUAUUCAAAGUUCUUGAAAAUUCCAGUUUAAUCUUUGCAGUUAUUGUACGAUUUGUCCGGGUCUGUCAGUUUGGUCUCGAAGUCAUGCUCCAGUACUGUAUAGCAUGCACAUAGCCUGUAUCUUUCAGACUGCAUCCAAGCGAUCACAUACACGAACUGGUCAGAAGACAAACAGCUACUGGUAUACCCCAAAACUUCUUAUUCUGGACAACAUUUUGAUGUCUUCAGUGUUCAUUGUCUUAUUGGUCGAUUGUAGACUAUUGACAGCUAUUGUAUUGUGACUGUUGCACAGUAUAAAACAUCUAAAUAAAACAUUUUACACUUUCAA